AUGAAGUCUUUUCUUCUUGCUGCCACGGCCGCCACGGCUGUUUCCGCCACCAGUCUUCUUGAGCUGGGCCUCAACGUCGACCUGACCAAGACCAUCGACCUUGGUGCCGACCUCAAGAUCCACCUGCCCCAGGGCAUCGACCUGCCGGCCGCCGCGGCGGAGAAGCCCACGGGCAACCCUCCUCCCGGCCACGUGAACGUCUGGCACCCGGCCCAUCACGGCGUUGUGAUUGACCAGUGCGACGACGAGGACAACGAUGGCUGGCACUUUGUCCACCCUUGCGGCGACAGCUGCAAGCCGGAGCAGCCCUCGCAGGUCUGGACCACCAGCACGGUCAGCGUCACCUCGAUGCACACCGUCAUCAGCUGCGCUCCCACCGUGACCAACUGCCCGGCCAACGGCAAGCACACCACCACCGUCGUCAUCCCCGAGACCACCACCAUCUGCCCCGUGGAGGCUGCCAAGACCAAGACGGCCGACCAGACGCCGGCCCCGUCCUCUGCCGGCUCCCCCUCGCCUGCCUCGUCGCCUGCCAACGCCUCUCCUGUCCCGACCAACACCGGCGUCGUCACCCUGAGCACCCAGACUCUCCCGGCUACCGGUCCCGCUGGUGCCCCCUCCAGCGCCCCCUCCGGCGUUGCCUCUGGCGUUCCUUCGGGUGCUCCCUCGGGCUACCCGGUCCCUGGCAGCUCGGCUCCCGCCCUCACUGCUCCCCCCGCUGUCCCUAGCGGUCCCGCCUCGGCUCCUGCUGGCUCUUCCGUCCCGGCUUACCCCGUGCCCGGCAACAGCUCUGCCCCGGCCUACCCCACCUCCGCCUACUCUCCUCCCGCUCAGUCUUCGCCCGCCGGCUGCGUUGGCGACGAGUGCUCUCCCUCUGCUCCCUCUGCUCCCGCCUACAGCGCCCCUGCUGCUCCUCCUGCCCCGGCCAGCCCUGCUGGAGGCUGCAGCGGCGCUUACUGCCCUCCUCCUCCUGCCGGCACUGCUCCCAGCGCCGCUCCUCUCCCUACCGGCAACAGCACCGUUCCCCUGCCCAACGGCGCCGUCAGCCGCACCCAGGGCGCUGGCAUGGCUCUCUUCGCCGGUGCCGUUGCCGCCCUGUUCCUGUAA